UGAAAGAAAAAUAUCAAUGAGGCAAAGCAGAGAAGAACUUAUCAAGAGAGGAGUGCUGAAGGAAAUUUUUGACAAAGAUGAACUUCCCAUACAGAAUGAAGAAAGAUCUUUGGAGAAUGGUCAGGCUUUGAGUUCUAGUCAGCUUUCACUCCCAGCCCUAUCUGACUUGGAGUCAUGUUCUGCAUCUGGGGAUUCCUGUACUUAUGAAGUACUCCCAACUCCAGAGAUCAUGGAUGGAACAGUGUCUGAAGAGAGUCCCACGUCCAGUGAAUCUGGAGUCCACCUAUCUCAAGAUUCUUCAUCUAAACCUGUCUUACUACUUCCCCCUAAAAAAACUGCUGCUUUCUCUGGAGACCAUGAGGACACCCCAGUGAAACAGCUCUCCCUCCUCAAACAGCCCCCUGCCCUGCCACCCAAACCCAUUGCCAGGAUUGCCAACCACUUAGCUGAUCCUGGUGCUCCUGUGAAACUGCCUUGUAUGCCAGUCAAACUGUCGCCUCCACUACCUCCAAAGAAAGUCAUGAUCUGCAUGCCUUUAGGGGGACCAGACCUCUCCCUCGCAUCCUAUUCCACACAGAAGAGCUCCCAGCAAACAAUGGCUUCACAUCACCACACGGUUCUGCCGUCACAGUUAGCCGCACACCAGCAUCAAUACAGCAGCCACAGCCCUCACUUGCCUUCUGGAUCCAGCACAUUACCGAUGCACCCUUCAGGAUGCCGCAUGAUUGACGAGCUGAAUAAGACGCUAGCCAUGACCAUGCAGAGGCUGGAAAGCUCUGGUUUGCAUGGGGGUGACAGUCUCACAAAAACUGGACCUGGGGGCCUUUCAGACAUGAGACAAGUGCCAACUGUUGUGAUCGAAUGUGAUGACAAUAAAGAAAAUGUGCCUCAUGAAUCUGACUAUGAAGAUUCUUCAUGCCUCUACACAAGAGGAGGAGGAGGAGAAGAGGAAGAGGAUGAAGAGGAAGAUGAGGAAACCUCAUUAUUUUCAAGUUCCCUUGCAAUGAAAGUCUGCCGGAAGGAUUCUUUAGCCAUCAAACUAAGCAACAGACCAUCUAAACGUGAACUGGAGGAAAAGAACAUCCUCCCUAUGCAGACUGAUGAGGAGAGGCUUGAGCUGAGGCAGCAAAUUGGGACGAAGCUUACAAGACGACUGAGCCAGAGGCCAACCGCUGAAGAAUUGGAGCAGAGAAAUAUUCUUAAACCACGGAAUGAGCAAGAAGAGCAGGAAGAAAAACGGGAAAUAAAGCGAAGAUUAACACGCAAGCUCAGUCAAAGGCCUACAGUGGAAGAGCUGCGUGAGAGGAAAAUUCUUAUCCGCUUUAGCGAUUACGUGGAAGUGGCAGAUGCUCAGGACUAUGACAGGCGGGCAGAUAAACCGUGGACACGGCUCACGGCUGCUGAUAAAGCAGCAAUUCGCAAAGAGCUCAAUGAAUUUAAAAGCACUGAAAUGGAAGUUCAUGAAUUAAGCAGGCAUUUAACAAGAUUUCACAGGCCAUAAAAAUGGGGUGCUCCACCGUCUUCAAAACCUAACUGAAAAGAACCACAAGUGCUGGUGUUGUUCAUUUCUCUGUUACAUAAAAUGUAAAUCUUUUGAACUGCCUUUUUAAAAUAAGCGAAAACGUGAAGAGAAACUGUGUUUUCCUCGGCUGGGUAGAACUGCAGCGUAAGACCGGUUGGCACAAAGUUCAACAACAGAAACCGCUGUUGGCAAGACUUGUGCCAACAGUUGACACUUAUGGCUAAAACCUUGUUGUAUGGAUUCCACCUCCUUCAAUAUUCCUCCAAAACCAGCCAUCCACGCAUAUUGUCUUUCUCCAGUCAGCUGUUAAUUCCUGUCAAGCAUUUCUCCUUGGACUCCAAAGAAAGCCGAGGCCCUUGGUGUUGGCUUAGACAUAGAUGUACUGGACAAAAGCUUGACCAAGGCCUAUCAUCCUUCUAGACCAACAUUUCUAACAAACACUCCUUUCUGUUUGAGAGCACCUUAGAAAGAUGGAGGCAGGGGAAGACCCACCCUGAGGACUUACUUAUCUUUGACAUUUUCCAAGAAUCAUCCCUGGAGGAUUUCUUGGCUGGCUGGCUGGCUGUCACCCUUUGUCAUCCAUCUCUUUCAUUCAGCUGGCUCCUUUGUUGGAGAAAGCGAAUUUUGAAAUGAUUACAGAUACAGGGAUAUUUGGUAACAAUCAUACUUCAACAAAUGGAGCAGGUUAGGAUGCCUUCUACCAUGCUUGGGUCCAUAGUCUCAUUUUUCCCUGUGUGGAAGUUGAUGGCAUAACAGCCUUGCUGAUAUGACACCAGCUUCUGCACAGACGCCAUGAUUCUGCCAGGCAUGUGCUCUCCAGAUGUGCUGGACACUACCGCUCCCCAUAAAAACCCAAGCAACUCUGGAGCUAUAGUUGGAUACAUCUGGAGGGCACCAGCUUGAUGAAGGCUCCUGGGAAGUGCGAGGUAGAGAAGAAAUGAGCUCCAGGUGAUGGUUGACCAAUUUUACUUUAUAUGCAUGAUUUUUUUUUAAUAGCAGGGAUUUCUGUUACAUAGAAUACUACCUGUUGUAAAUAACAAAAUGUGCUGUUAUCACUGGCUCAGCAUCAUACUGAGAACCAAAGCAUUUGGCAAAAAGCUAGAGCUGGGAUUGCUGUUUUUCUGUUUUUAAAAUAUUGGCUGUUCUCCUAACUAAUUGAGUUACCCUUAAGCACUGGGAAGCAUUAUGGAUCCAGUCCUUCCAAGCACUUUGGCUAGUGCCACUGGCAUCGGUAUGGUUACUUGAUUCACAUUAAGCAUAUUGGGUGAUUUCUCUUGGCCAGAAAUCUCAAUCUCUUGCAGCAGCUCAUUCCAAACAAACAAAUACGGGGAUGGCAACUUAAGUACUCAAGCUUCUUUACUGAUGUGAGAGCAUAGGAUUGCAUUCAAACGUGUCCAUAGAUCAGCAUUCCUAACAACUGUGGGCCCAUUGAUUUAAUGGGUGCGCUCUUAAGGUAUGACAAAAGGUGAAACUUUAUGUUGUUUUAAACUCAUAGCAUACAAUUUCGUGGCUGUUUUUUUUUCUUACUCUAGAAUAAUCAGGUACAGAGUCCAAUUGGGAUGAACAUGUAUGGAUGAGAUACAUUUAAGCCUUCACCCAUCUGUUUUUUAUUUUAAAAUACCCACUUCUGUGGGUGGUUAGAAAAAUAAGUAAAAUCUCUACUUGAUAUUAGCCUGCAGCAGUCUCAUUACUGCAUGCAUUAACUUUAGAGUAAGAAAACCAGAUACCUGACCACGCACUGCAUGUUUAACAGAGUGUAGCUUGGUCUUGAAUCUGGAUCCAACCCAGAGUUAAUAAUGUCCAUUUGCUCUGGGAAUGUUUCUAUAGAAAAGCAUUGUAUUUCUGUUAGAGCAGAACAGCUAGCAAGCCAGGUUCUCUUCAUGACAAUUCAGUCAUACUGUUUCAUACAGAGACUGAGCAGAAGAGUACUAACAAAGAGCAAAACUGAAUGGUCUCUCUCAUGAUCCUUGCAUCCAUUCCAAGCACAAGGAUGGGAAGGUAAGAUGACAUUUUAAGGAUUAGAUCCAAACAAGCCUAGAACAUAAGUAGGUUUCUAAAUGAAGGGUCACUUACUAGGAAAGAUUUGUGGGAGAUGGAGGAAGGGAUUACACAUUUCUACCACCUCCUGAAGGUGGAUGGGCAUGUAGCUCAUAAAGCCCCCCACCACCACUUGCUGUUGGACAUGGAGACACAGUAGGGUGAAACUGUAGUCCUGCUAUCAAGUCUGGAGAGAGAAGUCUGGGAUGA